AGUUUUUUUUUUUGCCUUGGCGUUUCGUCGUUUGUUCUUGGCGUCCAUGUCCAUGAUGUUUAUUAUAAUAUAAAUCAUUUUUUACAUCGUGAGUUCGUACCUACCGCUAAAAAGUGAGAAUCACUGUAAUUAGUGAAAAUACGUCAUAAUAUUAGGUCUUACGUAGUUACAAAAUGUCGUUUUCAUUUGGUACACCGUCUAGUGCUCCCGCCAACACGGGACUUUCUGGGGGUUUUAAUUUUGCUGCCAAGCCAGCUACACCUGGAUUUGGAUUGACAGCGACCACUCAGGCCUCGACUGGACUUUUCGGAACACCGGCAACUUCUGCGCCUACAUUCGGGUCUACUGGAUUUGGUGCUACUACAACACCUAAGUUUGGGGCUACCCCAGCACUAGGAACUACACCUGCGUUUGGAACAACCCCGGCCUUAGGGUCAACUCCUGCUUUUGGAACUACCCCAGCGCUGGGAACAACUCCUGCCUUUGGAACUACUCCAGCUUUGGGGACAACUCCUGCUUUUGGGACAACCCCAGCAUUGGGGACAACUCCGGCCUUUGGAACAACACCAGCAUUAGGGACAAAUCCUGGUUUUGGAACUACACCAGCUCUUGGUACUACUCCUGCAUUCGGAACCACUCCAGCUCUGGGUACCACUCCGGCCUUUGGGGCUACCUCUACUGCUCCAGCAUUUGGGACUGGGACACCAGCUUUUGGUACUGCCACUUCCUCUGCAUUUGGCUCGACAAGCCUUGGCACUGGAUUGGGUGGUGGGGGCCUGAAUUUUGGGGCCAGCUCGAACAUUACUGCACCUAGCACAGGUUUAAAUUUAGGGACAACUUCAGUUACUGGUACGCAGCCAACUACAUUAGUGACGCCAAGUUUAGGCUUAGGUGGUGUCGCUCCGACAACUGGCGUUGGGACGACUAAUGCCACAGAUGCCAAAUCGGAACCACCGAAGCAGACGAAGCUGCCCAAUGAGAUAUCAACCACAGUGGACUCUUUCAAAGAAUUUGUGAAGAAACAGAAGUCCCUCAGUUCAGAAGUGAUGCGCGUGUCUAUCAAACCGUUGCAUAAGGUGUCUCGCGAAGCGGAGUCGACCCACCGCCUGGCGCUGAGCGAGCGCGGGAGCGCGACGCGCGCGCGCGCGCAGACCCGGCGCCUGCGCGCCGCCGCCGCCGCCGCGCUCGCCGCCGCCGACGGCCUCAACAACACCGGUCUGGAGCUGGAGAGCCCAGCGCCGCCUGUGUACGUGAAGGAGUUAGUGUCGGAGUUGGAACAGCAGCUGAUCUCGUUCCGGAGGCAAAUGGACGUCGCCGACAAGCAGAUGCAGGCAGAGCCCAAGUUACUCACCGAACAAGAAUUAACUCUGGGAAUCCGCCGCAUGCACGAGUCACUAGUGGCGCUGGCCGGACGGCUGCAGACCGUACAUUCACAGGUGGAAGCGCAGAAGGAGCAGUAUCUAAAUCUGAGGAAAUAUGUACUCAAGGACCCAAGCAACGUGUUUGACACUAAAUCUUACAGCACCAGCCUGGACCAGAUACUGAAAGACGCGGAGUCCUCGAAGAAGAAGACGAAGACGAGCAACUUCAAUAAUUCCAACGACUUCAGCUUUGGCAGCGCUGUGCUCACUGAUCCCAGGGCAGCUUUAGGCAACAUUCAACAGUUGGCGGGCCCAACGCCAUUCAACUAUUUGACAAAUACGUUAUCUCCGUUCCCCACUGCAGAUUGUAGCGGUUCUGGUUGGCAGCCGACGUCGCAGCCACAGCCGACCCCUACAGUGUCGUUCCCCGCGGCUCAGGAAACCAGCUUCCAGCUCCAAAAACCGCCAGGCAAGCGCGGCAAACAAUGAUAUUGGCGGUAGGCACGCAGAUGCCCUGAAAAAAUAAGUGAUGCUUAAUUGUGAAAACAGUGUACUUGUUUGUGGCAAAAACAGUGAUAAUUUAAAGUGGAAAAUUGUGUAUUUUUAGUAAAACAUUAAUGAGAAUCGAACUUUUCAUUAUAGAACGAUAGGUCAUAGUAAAAAUGUCCAAUAACUGGCCAUUUUACGACUUUGGUGAAUUAAGACAAGAAAAUGUUUUUCGCACGCCCAUAUUUAACAUUUUUGUGAUAGCUUUGUAUAAACUAUAUUUUACACUAUACAUAAACAAACAUAGAUUGUAAUUAAAACAAAACAACAUUUGAUACUUAUUUUUACUUUUCACUAAUUAUAUUGACUAUGAAAUUUAGUAACUGGCCGUAGUCAAUUCAGUUAGUGGCAUUAUGAAUAAUCUGUAAUAAUUUUACAUUUAAAGCAAAAUAAAAGAGUUAACAAUGGCACUAACCCUUUUAGCUGUCUUUAAAUGUAUCAUGAUCUAAAUUCUAGAUAGAAAUAUAGAGAAAAUAAAUGAGACAGCAAAAAGUUUGUUUAAAAUCCA